CCAGUUGGCCUUAGACCGAUACUACGAUAGAUAAAAUUACUGACCUCAAUAUUAAACGUAUACAAACAUACACGUUUGUAUUGUUGCUCGUAACUCCUAAAUUGCGGGACGGAUUUUGAUAAAUAAAAUUAUUCUUUUGUUUUCUUGUAACUUGUGAUUCAGUUGUUCGUUAGUUUAUAAUGUGUUGUUUAAGAUUUUAGUGUGUAAGUGUAUUAGUGUUUCGUUCGUUGUGCCAAGAUGUUUGCGAUUAUUGUCUCCUGUCUGCUGGUGUCAGCUUGCCAUGGUUCCACCUUGAGAAACAGAAGGUUCCCUGAUGACUUUAUCUUCGGUGUCUCCACAGCCGCUUACCAGAUUGAGGGAGGGUGGAAUGAAGAUGGCAAAGGCGAAAGCAUCUGGGAUCACUUAACACGUACCAACCCUACCGCCGUCAAAGACGUUUCUAACGGUAACAUCGCUGCUGACUCCUACCACAACUACAAGCGUGAUGUCGAGAUGAUGAGGGAGUUAGGCCUGGACGCUUACAGGUUCUCCCUCUCCUGGGCUCGGAUCCUCCCUACAGGCAUGGCCAAUGAGGUCAACCCAGCUGGCGUCGCCUACUACAACAACCUUAUCAAUGAGAUGAUGAAAUACAACAUCACUCCAAUCGUUGGCCUCUACCAUUGGGAUCUUCCCCAAAAACUGCAAGACCUAGGAGGCUUCACUAAUCCUCUAAUAGUCACCUGGUUUGAAGACUACGCGAGGGUUGUCUUCAGGAGUUUUGGAGACAGAGUCAAGAUGUUCAUCACUUUCAAUGAACCUAGAGAGAUCUGUCUUGAAGGAUAUGGGUCGACAUCUAAAGCUCCUAUCUUAAAUUCCACGGCCGUUGGAACCUAUUUGUGUGCUAAGAAUUUGUUGAUGGCUCAUGCUGCAGCUUACCACAUUUAUGAUAAGGAGUUCAGGUCUAGUCAAAAUGGACGAUGUGGUAUAACAAUCAGUGUUCACGAUUAUGCUCCAGCCACUAAUUCUACUGAAGAUGUUUUCGCUGCUGAGGUAGCAAGGCAAGGAGAGUGGGCAUUAUACGCAGAUCCAAUUUACUCAGCUGAAGGAGGAUUUCCAAAAGAGUUAGCUGACAAAAUUGCUGUGAAGAGUGCUCAGCAGGGCUACCCUCGGUCCCGUCUGCCAGCAUUUACUGAAGAAGAAAAGGUUUUUGUCAGAGGAUCUUCAGAUUUCUUUGGACUGAACCACUACACUGGUUACCUAGUAUCAGCUACAACGCAUGAGUUGGUCCCUAAGCCUUCAUUAUGGGACGAUAUGGAUGUUAGAAUGUAUAAGAAUGCGACUUGGCCUAAAUCUGCUGCAUCUUGGCUUGCGAUGGCACCAAACAGCCUUUACAAUGUGAUGAUCCAUUUGAAAGCCAGAUACAAUAACCCAGUGAUCUACGUCACGGAGAAUGGAUGGUCCACCAGGUCCCAGGGUGGACUUAUAGAUGAUGACAGGAUCAGGUACUACAGGGCUGCUUUGGAGAAUGUCCUGGAUGCCCUGGAUGCUGGAGUCAACCUCAAGGGAUAUAUGGCAUGGAGCCUCAUGGAUAAUUUUGAGUGGUUGCAGGGUUACACCGAACGCUACGGUUUAUACCAAGUGAACUAUUCGGACCCUAUGCGCACGCGCACCCCCAGGAAGUCAGCGUUCGUGUACAAGCACAUCAUCAAACAUCGCGCCGUGGACUAUGAAUACGAGCCGGAGACCAUGGUCAUGACUAUCGAUGAGGGACAUUGAAUGGAAAAAUAAAAACAGCUCGACGUUAGUGGAGGAUUUGCCUUCAAUAGUGUUCUAUUGGCAGUCAAAGACUUAAUAGAUUAAUUAAUUAGUUUGUUGUAAAUAUUAUAUUAGUAUAUAUUAUUAAACAAACCCUCUGUAAUUUUAUUGUAACUUUCGUGAGACAUACUAAAUUUAGUUUCAAGCCACCCUAGAGAUGGUAGUUCCUCGUCAAACAGUUACGUGAGUAAGCCGAUAACAUAUAAUAAUUAAACCAUCUGUAGUUUCUGUGUAAAAUAACAAUUAUAAAGUAGAAUAACAGACAGAAGACAGUCACUUCUGAAGAAAUUUAGAAACACCAGAAAUAUAGUUCUCUGAAGUCAUUACUAGAGACAUCUAUCUGCAAUUUUGAGAAUUAUUCAGGCUCAAAUAAUAUGAAAUAAAUGAUAAAAGAUU